UGUAUGCAUAUCACUCUCACAUUCGAUCGUUCGACGUUCAUCUCGAACAAGCGUGUUCCUUCCAAUAAGCAUUUGAUUCGAUGUGAAGAAUGCAAGAAAAUGCAAUACGAUUCAGUCCAAUCAUACUUUUAUAACACGAAUGCUCAACGAAAUGAAUUUAUCACAUUCGCGAUAGCGAGGCAUGCACAUUUGACAAUUUUAUCAUUGCUGCACACUUCAUUUCUCCCUGUAUCUUCUUCAGACAAAUCUCACACAUCUACUCUUUGCAUUGCCACAAGAAACACGAUCUUCUAGCUUGACUCUUCUUCAAGACAUUGUUUAUGAUAUUCGACAGAUAAAUGAAUGAUUCAGAAUGGUUCAAUGUCAUUUCAAAUAGUUUUACAAGUCACAGGAUUAAUUCUGUCUGUGAUUAGACGGUGAAAUAAAUAAUGAUAAUAAUUCGAUUUGCAUACUUUUCCAUAAAUUCAAUUUCAUUAGCCUUGAUUCAAUUUGAUUUUGCUCAAGUGUAUUUUCCACGAAUGUCAACGAUCAACUCCGUUGCCCGUCGGCGCAUAUUUUAUGAUCACAUGUGAUUCAGUAUCUCACUUUCACGUUGGAUCGUGCGGUGUUAAUGUCAAAUGAACUUGUUCCUUGCCAAAAGUAUUUAGUACAUCUCAAGUAAAAAUUCACACUAAUAAAAUCGCUAUGCUGUAGUUAUGCUCACACUGAUUGUCGUUCAGAAAUUAGUGUGACCCAUACAUUUGUGAGCGACAAUGAGUGUGGCAUAUAUUUAGAGUGUGUAGUGUAUGUAUGUAACACUCGUUGACGCUCACAAAUGUAUAGGCCACGCUGAAUUCUGGACGACAAUCAGUGUGUGUAUUGUGUACACACUCCAAUUCGAUUUCCUGGCACGUUAGAGCAAAAAAGUGUCCAAUAUUGUUUGAAAGAGAGCGAGCGAUAAGCAUACAAAUUGACACCGAAAUUGCUUUGCACUCGACGCCGAGAUCUCAUUGUCUAGUGUCCACUCUCUGUAUGGUAACCGAGCGUGAAUUUUGCUACUGAAUUGCCAACAGAAACCAUUAAUGAAUCUGAAAAUCUUCUGAAUCUGUCGGAGCACUUCUGAAUGCUUUUGAAUAGCUUCCAAAAUGGACGAAUCUACUGAAAAUGAGUAAUGGUCCGCGGUCAGUCGCGAUUUUCGCGAAGCUGAUAAGAGAUAGAGGCUUGGUGUCUCCGGCAAAGUUGUAGUACUCAAAGUCUCCUAUAAUUUUGCUCAAGACUGCUAUGUCUUAUCUCUUAUCAGUUAGGCGCAAAUCAAAAACACGCGCAUAUAGCAAGGUUUUUUUGCUUAUCAAUUUUCGCGUUUUCCACGAAACUGAUAAGAGAUAACUGAUAAUUGUCUAGAGCUAAGUUGUAAAGGACCUCAUGCGCUAUAAAUUUUUAUAAGACGCUAGGUCGUUAUCUCUUAUCAGUUCCGCGAAAAACAAGGUAAACCACGACUGUACACCAAAUUUCGCGUUUUUUUCGCGUUUUUCGCGAUUUUUUUAAUGUGAAUUUUUACUUGAGAUGGACGUGAUGUGGAAAAUGCCAAAAAAAAUCCACAAUAUAGUUCAUUCAUCAAUCAGAUCAUCCAUUCCGUAUCGUUGUCAAUGACACAAAAUUUGUUAGUAAUUCAUUCACUUCGUACAAAUGACGUUGAAUAUUGGGGGUUCAAUCAAGAAUUUCUCUACUUUAAUAUCUGUUGCUCAUUGAACAUUACUCAGACAUCGCGAAUUUUUAAUUCGAAUAACAAAAUUAUCAUAAUUCCGAUUCGAAUGUGUUCAACAAAAUUUGGAUUUGUGAAAUGCAAUUUCACGUGAAUUUAACUGACAUUUUUGAAUCGGACUACAAAGUUGCUCAAAAGAGAGCUACUGAUUGACACAAGUGUGAUAAAAGUCACCAAUAGAAAUGAAAGAGUGUGUGUGAAUCGCAGCAAUGAUGCCGCUGGUUGUGGUGCUGAGCUUGCGAUAAUAUUCAUUGAGUUACACAGUGAGGUAGACAUCUUGAAAGACGACACGCGAAAAAAAUCAUUUUCACAUUCAACAGAAAAAAAGGCAUCGACGGACGAAAUGAACCCAUUCAAAGGUGUUUCUGGUAGACGCAGCGAGCGCAAGUCAAAGUCCGGAAUGGUUAAAGUCAAACAAGAGCCUGGUAUUAAGAAAGAGCCAAACGAAGGCGAUGCUGUCAUGAACAUACCACGGCCGAGAGUUGAGGGAAGGUAUCGUGCGAAUUACGAAGAGCCGAUCGACUUUGGCAAUGACUUCGAUCAGCUCAAAGAUGAAUUCAAAUGUGAAGAAAAAGAGACGGACAAAGAAAAAGACUCGACGCCAUGUGAACGAUCGAAUGAAAGCGCCGACGCCAAUGAUGAUGACAACGAAGAGCCUUUGGAUGUUGUGCAACCACCAAAACCAACCGGCAACGGAAAAAAGCGAAAUAAGACAUGGAAAAGCCAGAGCAAAAGAACGAUUCCCAGGAAUCAAGUGGCCAAAAAGCAAAAGAAGCACAAAUGUCAUGUGUGCAAUCAUUUGGCAAGUAAGAAGUCUAACCUCAAAAGACACUUGCGAACUCACUCUGGAGAAAAGCCGUUUCAGUGUGAUCUUUGUUCGAAGUCCUUUGCUCAUAAGCAUGUUUUGAACCGUCAUAAGAAAACGCAUGGCCCAAAGCCUCAGUUUCGUUGUUCAAAAUGUUAUCAAGGGUUUGGAAAAGAAUCAGCUAAAAUGGAUCAUGAAAGGCUCUGCAGUCCCCAGCAAUUCGAAUGCAACACUUGCGGAUAUCUGACAAUAAAAAAACCGAAUUUAGAAAGACAUAUGCGCACUCAUACAGGGGAAAAGAGGUUCGAGUGCUCAAUUUGUUUCAAGUCGUUUACAUCCAAUUCUGAACUUCAAAGACAUUUGAUGACUCACAAAGUUGAACUGCCAAAUGCUUGUUCCAAAUGUGGUCGACGAUUUGCCACUCUCCAAGAGAAGCAAUCACAUGAAACGCACUGCCAACUAAGUCUUCUUGCAUGCAAUCAGUGUCAUUACAAAACUGUUCUCAAGCGUUCAUUGAAGCUACACAUGCAAGGAAAACACGGAGCAAAAAGAUCGAUCGAAUGUCAAAUUUGCGGAAAACAAUUCGUCACACAGAUUCAAUUAAAUCAGCAUUUGUCAUCAACACACAGCGAACAAUUCUCAUUCCAAUGCUCCAAGUGCUUCGGAGGAUACGCGACCGCAGAAACAAAAGAGGUUCAUGAAGAUAGCUGUGGCUGGCGUCGGUAUCAAUGCCAUUUGUGCAAAAAGUAUCGGCGAGAAAAACACAUGUUGAAGGCACACAUGCGAAAAGAUCACACCGGAGAGCGGAUUCAAUGCAAAGUGUGUGCAGCAAGCUUUGCCUGGAAAGGUGAUGCAGAUAAACACAUGAUUAAAGUUCACCGUUCGACGAAGAAAUAA